CAGUAUUUUGUCUUUCUUUUUAAAGAGGAAUACUGUUUUGUUUUCCAAAAUUCCAUUAAAUGGUUUAUCUUGUCACUUGCUUAGUUUUGGUAGAUUUUACCCAGUUGUCGAGUGUUCGUAAUCAUGUUUAAAAUGAGAUGUCCAACGUCUAGCUAGUAAUUUUUUAGAUUUGCUGUAGCAGUAGCACACUGACAAUGGCACAACCAUGUAAACAGACCUCAGUGGAGUCAAACACUUUGUUGGCCAUAUCGACAAAUGGCCAAAUAAAAGAAUUAAAUGUGAGGACAUUGACUGAGGAGGAGUUGGAGAAACUUAAAAAUGACCGGGUUUUAGUGUCAGAGUUCAAGCAGCAGAAGCUCGAGAAGGAGGCUCAGAAAAACUGGGAUUUAUUUUACAAAAGAAAUACCACAAACUUCUUUAAGGAUAGGCACUGGACCACCAGAGAGUUUGAGGAACUGAAAGCGUGCCGAGAGUUUGAGUCACAGAAGCUGGUACUUCUGGAGGCUGGCUGUGGUGUGGGAAACUGCAUUUUUCCUCUUCUGGAGGAGGACCUCAACAUCUUUGUCUAUGCAUGUGACUUCUCACCUCGGGCUGUUGAAUUUGUGAAGCAAAACCCUCUAUACUCUACUGAGCGAUGUCUGGCCUUUCAGUGUGACUUAACCAAAGAUGAUCUUCAGGCCAACAUCCCAACAGCAAGCGUUGAUGUGAUCACACUCAUAUUUGUGUUGUCUGCUAUUCAUCCUGACAAGAUGCAACAAGCUCUGGAGAAUCUUUGUAAGGUUUUAAGGCCAGGUGGGGUGGUCUUAUUCCGAGAUUACGGUCUUUACGACCAUGCCAUGCUUCGCUUUAAAUCUGGGAAUAAGCUCGGGGAGAAUUUUUAUGUGAGGCAAGAUGGAACCAGGUCCUUUUUCUUCUCCAGAGAGGAUCUGGCCAGUUUGUUUGAAAAGGCCGGAUUCCAGACUGUGGUGAAUGAAUACGUGCUGCGGGAGACCGUCAACAAGAAAGAGGGACUGUGUGUCCCUCGUGUUUUCCUCCAGAGUAAAUUUAGAAAGCCACCUAAUUAAUAUGUUCCUGUGCAGCCCCCGCGCUGAUCAUUUUUAAAGUGUCAGAUAUGGAAGGAGGCCUUAGGAGGAAAAAAAAACC